AUGAUUAUAAUAAUUAUUAUUAAAGAAAGAACUCUGCCAAUAGAUACACCAAUUAUUAAGCCAAUAUUAGUAUUUAUUGUUGGAAUAGAUAGAAUUGGUGUAUUUGAAGAUGGAGUUGGGUUAAUUGGAGUAAUUGAAGAUAGAGUUGAAUUAAUUGGAGUAAUUGAAGAUGGAGUUGAAUUAAUUGGAGUUCUUCUUGUUUCUAUUUAA